AUGGCUGCUGCUGAAGCUGAAGCUAAUGCGCCCCCUGUCGAAGAAACGCCUCCCGGGAAUCGACCAAAAAGAGUACGCACUGGGUGCCUCACUUGCAGGGAACGACACCUUAAAUGUGAUGAAGGACUUCCAUCUUGUCAAAACUGCAGAAAGUCCAGCAGGAUCUGCAGAAGAGGCCUGCGACUCAAUUUUAUCGAUAUUCAAGUUCAAGCGCCACCCGUCGUGACCACUGGAGCGGAAUGGACCGUUCGGUUCCAGGAUGACUCUCGAGAUAUUGCAUCUGAGUACAAAGGAGGUUUAGAGCGUUAUUCGAUUCUGAGAAGCUGCUCGGACACUCCUUUCAAGAAUGAAAUUCCGUUCGACUUUCCCCCGGAUGUUGCUACCGUUAAUACUGUGACAACCCACCAACAAUUGCCUCCUAUCCAAUCCUCUUUACCUAUAGGCUUUCCAGAUUCAAGCCACAUUGAUUUAACUCCAGCUGGUACAAGGCCGCCGCAUGUCCAUCACACGGACGGCGAGCCUACCUAUAUGGCACACAACUUUCCACAGCAUACGCAUCCAACGCAAGCCUACCAAACCACGGAUCAAAUGCUGACACCACCAACCGAGAGUCGUGACUACCUGAAUUCACCUGAUGAGGUGCUUUUCAUGCAAGUGUUUGUGGAAGAAGUCGGACUCUGGAUGGACAGCAUGGACCCAAUGAAGCAUUUUUCGCGAUUACUUCCAUUUCAUGCUCUAGGGGAGCCUAUGCUGCUCAAUGCAUUCCUUGCGUGCGGGGUCCGCCAUUUGACAUUAGUCAAUCCUGCGUACCACGAGGACAAAGCUCUGCAUUACUACGACACCGCCACAAGAGCACUAUUAAAGUCUCUUCAAAAUCCCAACCGUGAUACAGUAAUCUGUGCAACUACCGCCGUCAUACUAAAUGUAUAUGAAAUCAUGUCAGAACGAGCCCUCCAGCGAAUGAACCACAUUGCCGGCGCUCGUGCCCUUAUAAAGGAAUGCGGAUGGAAUGCCAGAUCGACUGGAAUCGGAGCAGCAUGUUUCUGGCUAAAUGUAGGAAUGGAACUUCUCAGUUGUCUUCAUUUCAAUUGGCAAGUUGCUUGGGAACCGGACGAUUGGGGAGUCGACAUGGAUCUGUCACGUGAGACAGAAUCUGGAAGAGAGGAAAUAUGGACCUACAAAAUAGUCUAUCUUGUUGCGAAGAUUGCGAACUUUAGGGCAACGAUACCACGUUUUCAAGAAUCCUCAGCUCGAGAGGAACAACUUCGGCUCCAUAAUCGCUAUGCCGAGUGGAAAAGACUCAAGGAAUUGUGCGACGCAUGGAACGAAAAUAUCCCCCGUACGAUGCAUCCUCUGGCCUAUCUGCAUCCAUAUCAGACGACCUCGAAGUCCUCGUUUCCGGAGGUCUGGUUGAUCAAGAGAACCUCUAUUGUUGCGCGACUUUUCUACCACACUGCAAUGUGCCUGUUGGCACACACCAAUCCAGCAAUGCCUUCGGGCACAGAUGAGAUGCGCGAAAUGCAGCUUCUGCACUCUCAUCAAAUAUGUGGAAUCGUUGCACACGUCAAGGAUCGCGGAGUCGCAAGUGUUGCUUUGCGGUCGCUGGCAAUCGCUGCUGAGUGUUUGGUUGCGCGCCGUGAACAGGAAGAGAUUCUCCAAAUAUUUGACAAAAUCCGAAAAGAAACUGGUUGGCGGGUAGGGUUCUUGAAUAAAGAGCUCAAAGACAAAUGGGGUUGGCAGGAUGAGGAAGAAGUCUGUCAGCCGACACCAACACGACCACAAGCCCCUCCGCAGAAUCCGAUUCCUCAGGCUAUAAUGCAAAGUUCCGCUUCGCUGCAGUCAUUUCCUUUUCACACACCUGCUUCAGCGCAACAACCUCCCGUCGCACCGACGCCUCCCGCAACCCAGCGAAUUCCGUCAGGGAUUAUGAAUCCACUCAUGGCGACGGCUGAUUUCUCCUCACAGCAUCAUCCGUAUCAAUCUUACUACGUUGCACCAAAUCAACAAACUCACCAAAAUCACUUUACCUUCUAA